AUGAGACUACUUUACUUUGACACGUCCGGAACCCUGAAAUCCAAAGUAUUUAGUAGCGAAAUACCGGAUUAUGCCAUUCUGUCCCAUACAUGGGAUCCCAAUGGCCACGAUGUUGAAUUCACUUAUGAAGACCUUAUGAAGAAUACUGGCAGAGAUAAGGCUGGCUUUAAGAAGAUCAUGUUUUGUGGUCAGCAAGCAGCCCACGACAAUUUAGAUUACUUCUGGGUUGACACGUGCUGCAUUAAUCAAUGGAAUCUCAGCGAGCGGUCAAAGGAGAUUAAUUCCAUGUUUCGCUACUACCAGAGGGCAGUUAAAUGCUACGCACUCCUGUCGGAUGUCACAGAUCCCUCUGCUACAGAUCCUAACGUGGAGCCAAAUACGUGGAAAACCUCAUUCCGGAAGAGCAGGUGGUUUAGACGAGGAUGGACUCUCCAAGAGCUAAUUGCUCCGGCAUCAGUAGAGUUCUUUUCUCUGAGUCACCAAUUACUAGGAAACAAAGCUGAUCUAGAGCAAGUCAUUCAUGAAGUUACUAAGAUUCCAGUUGAUGCUUUACGUGGGCGUCCACUGAAAGAAUUUAGCGUAGAUGAGCGAAUUGCAUGGGCCAGCAACCGCGAAACGACAGAAGAAGAAGACAGUGCUUAUUGCCUUCUUGGAAUAGUUGAAGUCAGAAUGACUUUGAUGUAUGGAGAAGGAAAAGCAGAGGCUUUAAGGAGACUGCGACUGCAAAUUGAAUCAACAGAAUCGACUCCAUUUAUUGUGCCAUUUAGCCGAAACAGCCAGUUCACUGGUCGCGAAUCCGAACUCACCACACUCCAAAAGACUCUUUUUGUUGAGGGCCAGACAACAAGAAUUGCAAUCACAGGAAUAGGUGGAAUUGGAAAAACCCAGUUAGCACUUGAAAUGGCCUACAGAACGAGACAAGCUUACAAAGACUGCUCAGUACUAUGGGUGCCGGCCACCGAUAUCGAGAGCGUGCAGCAGGGGUAUGCGCAGCUUGCUCAGCGACUACAAAUUCCCGGAUGGGACGAUGAGAAGCUGGACGUGAAGAAACUGGUGAAAAUUUAUCUAAGCAGAGAGAGCGUAGGACGGUGGCUUCUUAUAUUUGACAACGCGAGUGAUGACAGCAUGUGGACCACUGGAGCGGCCGGAGCUGGCAGGUUGAUUGACAACCUGCCAGCCUCUAAAAAAGGAUGCAUUGUCUUUACAACGCGCAACGAGAAAACAGCCAAGACGUUAGCACAGGAGAAUGUGGUGAAGAUGCCGGAGAUCGACGCGGGAAUAGCCUGGAUGAUGCUUAACAAAUACUUGUCCAACCGGGAUUUGACCAAUGAGCAGCAGGAAGCCAAUCUAUUGUUGAAAGAGCUUACAUACUUCCCCCUGGCUAUUGUAUUGGUGUCAGUUUAUAUUAGCAUCAAUAAUUUAACCAUAAAAGAGUAUCGGAUGCUCUUACGGUUACAAGAUGAAAAGACAGUUGAAUUCAUCAGUCAAGAGCUUAAGGACGAAUGGCAGGCUCAUGAUGGAAAGCACCCUUUGGUUGCGCCUUGGCUCAUCUCAUUUGAACAAAUCCGCAAGCAGAACGAGUUGGCGGCUGAAUAUUUGUCUUUUAUGGCUUGCAUAGACCAUAGAGAUAUUCCACUCUUUCUGCUACCCAGGGUCAAGGACACGAGUUUGAGGGUGCUAGGCGAGGAGCAUCCAGACACGCUGACGAGCAUGGCCAACCUAGCGUCGACGUACAGGAAUCAAGGGCGGUGGAAGGAGGCCGAAGAGCUGCAAGCGAAAGAGCUAGAGGCGUGUUCUAGAGUUCAGGCUAUAUGGAAAGGUCAAAACCGAGAUGACGAUGCUCUGCAGUUAAUAAACCAAUGUUUGGAGCUCCGGAUCAAAGUACUGGGCAAAAAUCAUCCUCACACUGUAUCCACAAUGGUGACCUUACGUCAAUGGAGCGGAGUAGAUUUUAAUUCCUUGAUUUCCCAAACAGGUCAUACUGCUAGUUCUGGCGAUGAACAGUUAGUUACUGGUAAUAUUGGUGAAGUGAGCUAA